AUGGUCAAUUUUAUUCCAGCUGAAGAGUAUUUAUUUGGGGAUCCAGAUAAAUGCUCCAUUGAGGUUGGAAAUGAGCAAGGAGGAAUCUAUUCAAGAACCAUGAUUGGCUUUCGAUUUGAAGAAUGGCCACAAGACUACAUCACUACCAUGCAUCAUUAUUAUCAAAAUGUUCAUAAUUUAGGAGAUUCCAAACUCGCUAAAUACAGCAUGAUUUUGGGACCUAUUUAUAAUUUAUUAAGGAAAUUUGAAUGGUUUUCAGGAGUGGAUGAGAGAGGAAAUUGCGCAUUUUGGACCACACAAGGACUUGUGAAUGCUCAUGUACUCUCUUCGGCUACCAGUUGGCCCAAAUAUUCUUGUAUGAAAUUAUACACCAAAGUUGUUUUCAACAAAAUUGAAAUGAAAGAGAAAUGGGAACAACUCAAGCAACGAACGUCACAAAUAAUUGUACCCAAUGCGCUUCAAUCAGGCUCUUCAUCGCAGCCAACAUCUCUAACAGAUCAUGAUGAAGAGGAACUCUAUUCUAGAAUUAAUGAAAAAUUCUUUGAAAAAUCUGAAACUGAACAAGAGCAAUUAUUAGCACCAUUUUGGAGGAGAAGUAAUUUUAAUAUUGUCACAUAUCGAUGCAGUGAUGAGAGCGUGAGUGAGUCCUCUCUUAAAGGCUGGGUUAAACCAUUUCGACAUUUGGAACACUUAAUCUUCCAACAAAUGGAUGAAAUGGCCAAUGUAGUAGUUGAAGUGAAAACCAAAGAACAGGAAACAGGAGAGAAAACACCAAUUGCUGUACCUUCGUUGAAAGAAGCCAAACACAGGCCUUUUUGGUAA